AUGCUGGACGCCUGUGUCGGUCAACUUCCAUCCGGAACAGAAACUGGUGUUUUUUAUGCAGUCGAUUUUGGAGGAACAAAUUUUCGCGUUGUUCGUGUCGAGCUCAAGGGAGACGGACGCCUAGAUGUUCGCCAGAGGCAGCAAUCGCUCCUCUCUGCUUUCUCUAGCGAAGAUUGUCCUAAAGGUUUAUUGGAUGGUGGCGCAACAGCACUUCAGAUGUUUGAUUUCUUUGCGCAAACCGUCAAAGAUUUCAUGCAGGAAGAAGGAGACCACACUCUUUCUAAUGUGCAAUGCGGUUUCACUUUCAGCUUCCCUUGCGCUCAGCGUCAAAUUGAUUCGGCAGUUUUGAUGACUUGGACAAAAGGAUUUGAGACUGGGCGUCGAACUGAUGAUCCAGUGGAGGGACUUGAUGUGGCUGAAUUGAUGAACGUAGCAUUUAAGCGAAACGGGGUGCCUGUGCAAUGUAAUGCAGUUCUCAAUGAUACGUUGGAUUUCAAAGCUAUCGAUAACAGAGGAUUUCAACAGAUUGAAAAAAUGUGUUCUGGCGCAUAUUUGGGAGAAAUUUGCAGAAUGACACUUCUUAAAAUCUUUCAAAACAAAUCUCCCGCUCUUGCAUGGGAAACGGGAUCCUUGUCAACUGUCAACAUUGCAAAGAUUAUGAAUGAUAGAUCGAAAGAAUUGAUCGUCACUCGUGAAAUCAUCAGAGAUGUUUGGAGCGCAGAAUUGUCUGUCGCUGAGCUUGGAGUCAUUCAUCGUAUCGCCACUGCAGUCAUGGACAGAAGUGCCAGACUAGCGGCUGUCUUGAUUUCUGGCUGUGCCCGUAAGACGGGUCGCCUUCAAGCGGCUUUUGGUGGUCUCUCUGUCGGAAUCGAUGGCUCUCUUUAUAAACGGAAUCCUUGGUAUCGUGAGCGUCUUCGCUAUCACUUGGAUCAAAUGCUCGGCCCAUCCCGUUCAUCUCUGAUCCAUCUUCUGCUUGCUGACGAUGGAAGCGGCAAAGGGGCUGCGAUUCUUAGUUCCGUCAUCGCGGAGAAGAGCCAGUGA